UCCGUAUGAGGCGCACCGGCGUUUUGUAAACCAAAAGAGGAAAAAAAAAAAAAAAAAAAAAAAAAAGAAGAACGAAAGAAAGAAACGUAAUUGCCUCCAAACCUCUCUAUAAAUCCAUCUCUCUCUCUCUCUCUCUCUCCCUCUCCCUCUCUCUAGAAUACCUUCUUGGAAUCCAUCUUGAGGUCUCCGCCCAUGGGUUCUAAAUCAGUUGUGGAUUUAAUGGAGGCCUCCUCAGGUGCUCAUUUUUCUGGAUUUCACAUGGACACCCUGAAGCAAAGAAUUAAAGAGACAGACACAUCAACAACGUCAGCGACUGAAAACAUGCAUAAACAGCCUUUUGUCAUUGGGGUUGCUGGGGGAGCAGCAUCCGGUAAGACAACAGUUUGUGAUAUGAUCAUCCAGCAGCUUCAUGAUCAACGUGUUGUACUUGUUAACCAGGAUUCCUUUUAUCAUGAUUUGACUGAGGAGGAACUUACACAAGUAUAUGACUACAAUUUUGAUCAUCCUGAUGCUUUUGACACCAAGCAACUGUUACGUAUUAUGGAGAAGUUGAAGCAUGGGCAAGCAGUAGAUAUUCCAAACUAUGAUUUCAAGAGUUACAAAAACAACGUGUUUCCAGCAAGAAGGGUAAACCCUUCAGAUGUUAUACUUUUGGAAGGCAUACUCAUUUUCCAUGAUCCGCGUGUCAGAGAGUUGAUGAAUAUGAAGAUAUUUGUUGAUACAGAUGCUGAUGUACGCCUAGCAAGGAGGAUAAGGCGGGAUACUGUUGAGAAGGGUAGGGAUGUUGGUGCAGUACUCGAUCAGUACUCCAAAUUUGUUAAGCCUGCUUUUGAUGACUUUAUCCUCCCAACAAAGAAGUAUGCUGAUAUAAUUAUUCCCCGGGGGGAUAAUCAUGUAGCCAUUGAUUUGAUUGUACAACAUAUUCGUACGAAGCUUGGACAACAUGAUCUCUGUAAAAUAUACCCAAAUUUAUAUGUCAUUCAAUCGACUUUUCAGAUACGGGGUAUGCAUACCCUCAUACGUGAUUCUCAAACGACAAAGCAUGACUUUGUUUUCUAUUCCGAUCGGUUGAUCCGUUUGGUUGUUGAACAUGGCUUAGGACAUCUUCCAUUUACAGAAAAGCAAGUGAUCACUCCGACUGGGUCUGUGUAUACUGGUGUGGAUUUCUGUAAGAGGUUAUGUGGUGUCUCUAUUAUCAGGAGUGGUGAGAGUAUGGAGAAUGCAUUGCGAGCAUGUUGUAAAGGUAUUAAGAUCGGGAAGAUUCUCAUUCACAGAGAAGGCGACAAUGGUCAGCAGCUAAUCUAUGAAAAAUUGCCGAUGGACAUUUCGGAAAGGCAUGUGUUACUAUUGGAUCCUAUCCUAGGGACAGGGAAUUCGGCUAUUCAAGCUAUCUCCUUACUUCUAAAGAAAGGUGUACCAGAGUCCAACAUUAUAUUUCUCAACCUGAUAUCGGCACCUCAGGGUGUACAUGUGGUUUGCAAGUGCUUUCCAAGAAUAAAGAUUGUGACUUCUGAGAUUGAGAUUGGCCUAAACAAAGAUUUCCGGGUGAUACCUGGAAUGGGUGAGUUUGGAGACCGAUAUUUCGGAACGGAUGAUGAUGACUCGCAAGUGGCGGCGGCGGCCCCUUCUCCGCAGUUCCAUCAGGGUUGAAUGUAAUUGUUCCAAACCCUCGAUUUCAGCUGAGUUUGCAGGCUGUCACAAAUUUCAAAUCAGUUUUGACUCAUUAGACAUUAUCAUGAUCUUCUUCUUCUUCUUAAAAGUUUCAUUACGGCAUAAAUCAAGUAACGGCCUCCCAAUUCUUCAAGGAUAUAUACAUGUAUUUAUGAACCCCAGAUGAUAUUUUACUACGUAAUAAAGUUGUGUUGUCUCA